AUGUCAUCAAAAACGGUAUCAGUAGUUUCUCGCCUUGCCUCACAGAGUCGGAGAUUCGCAUCACUACGCGAAACUGUUGGUGAACGCGACCCGAGUCUACUUUAUGAACCGAAAUUUCAAGACAAGCGAGAGUUUCCAGAAUACAAUACUAUCAAUGUUCGGAUUCAAGGGCACGAUUUUGGAUCUCUUGAGAAGUACCAAGCGUACAUUCACAAGACAGCUAAGCGAUUUGGAUUUUCUGUUAGUGAUAGCUAUGCCGUCGCUGCUCAAACACAGAAGGCGAUCACCUACAAGCCAUACUCAACUGUAGCUGAAUCUGAAAUCGAUCUGCCAACUUACGAUCGUGUAGUUCGUCUAACUGAAGUUUCUGCACCUCGGUUUUCCCUUUUCAGCCAGAUCAUUCGAGCUCAUAUUCCAGUUGGCGUUACUAUGACAGUCAAAGAACAUGAGAAAGCUGAUGAAGAUUCCCGCUACAUUCCCGACCAGCUGUUGAAACAGAAACAAGAGGAACUAAAAGCACUUGAUGACCCGAAUGUGCGGCGUAAUCUAGGAUGGGAGUAG